UGCAUGUUCUCACUCUAUUUGGUCGAUAAAGCUGAACUAAACCAGAUGAGCCUGAAUAUUCCAGAUACACACAUUAGGUCAUAGAGGAGACCUGCUAACAUUCAAUAUUUUAAAAUUUGUGUAUUGCUUAUCAUAUGUUUUUAACCAAGGGAAAUUGCUUACAUGUAAUUAACUUACUCCUAUAAAAUCAAAUGGCUUCGUUGUCCACGGUGUUGUAUCUACCGCCCUCCCACGGGAGGCAUGACAGUCUGAGAGCUAGUCUGAGAGCAGGGAGCGGUAAUAAUAUCAAGCCUCAUAAGGUCGUCAUCACUGGUAAGCGAAAGUUGUUGGUCCUUGCCGCCGCCGCAGGCGGCGGUGAUCCUAAUGAGGUCAAGCCUCAUGAGGUCAUCACUGUCGUGAAUCCCCUGUUGGUCCGUACUGCUGCAGUACUGGAGCAACCGAUCAGGAUGACAAUGACUAUGAUCCUUGCCCUUUCUAUGACACUUGCAAUAGUGCAGACAUUGAGGGAGUCCUCCUCUACGCUGAUGAAACUUGUAGGCAACGCCAUCGAGUACUUCCUUCUGCUGCAAAAGAAGGGGUUUCUAUGCCAAGAGAUUUAUCUGAAGGCUCUCACCGGCAUCAAGCCAAUGUCGACCUUCGACGCUUCACCUUCAGUCGCUGUCAGAGAAGAAGUUUGAUCACGAUCCUGGUGGGCGGACGGAGAACUCCUCUGGUGAUUUUACGGUAGUAAAAGGCGACAUCAUGCGCUGGUCCGGAGGCACCAUCCUCAUAGAAAAUGGCGACAUCACCAUCAAUAAUUGAAUCGUAUUACUUUGCUUCUUUUCUGAUUAGUUCAUUUCUUCCCUGCUCACAAUCUUAUGAUUUUGUUCACCCCAAAUUUUGAACGGUCGUUCAAUUGUUUUACGAAAGAUCGUUGCACUCAAUUGUUCAAUUCCCUGCAGAAGAUCCUUACACUCAUAGGCCCUACUUUUACCAUCAAAC